AUGUCGAGCUCGCAGAACAAGGACGACGGGGUGAUCACCGCCUACCCCAACUACUAUCCCAAGGGUCAGAUGCAGGAGCUGCCGGGCGAGGACCAGUCGAUGGAGCCGCUGGCCGAGCAUCUCAAGGUGGAAAAGUGGGACGGCGAUGGCAAGCCGUACCUGGAAGAGUACCGGGGCACCGGUAAGCUGCAAGGCAAGUCGGCGAUCAUCACGGGAGGCGACAGCGGCAUUGGACGCAGUGUGGCGCUCUUCUAUGCGCGCGAGGGCGCCAACGUGACGAUUGCCUAUCUUCCGGAAGAGGAGAAGGACGCGGACGUGGUGGAGAAGCUGGUGCGCGAGGCCCCCAUGGGCACCAACGAGAUCCUGCGUGUGCCGAGCAACCUGGAAAACGUCGACGACUGCGAGAAGGUGGUGCAGCAGCAUCUGGACAGGUGGGGCAGCAUCGAUAUUGUGGUCAACAAUGCGUCCAAGCAGGUGCCGUGCGAGCGGUUCGAGGAGAUCGACCUGGGCGUGACGGAGAGCACGUUCCGCAGCAACGUGCUCGGCGCGUUUGCGCUCACCAAGUUUGCGCUGCCGCACAUGAAGCGCGGCUCGACCAUCAUCCAGUCGAGCUCGGUCACGGCGUACAAGGGCAGUGCGGCCAUGAUCGACUACAGCUCCACCAAGGGCGCGCUCGUCUCGUUUACACGCAGCAUGGCCUUCCACCUGGCUCCGCGGGGGAUUCGCGUCAAUGCGGUCGCCCCUGGGCCUGUGUAUACGCCGCUGCAGCCCGCCAGCCGCAGCGAGGACAACAUGGAGGGCUGGGGCAUUGGAGGUGUGCCUCUGCACGGUCGACCCGGCCAGCCCGCCGAGAUGGGCGCCACGUACGUCUACCUCGCCGAUGCGGGCGCGUCGAACAUCAUGACGGGCCAGGUGCUGCACCUUUCGCACGGCUCUUGGUUCGGAUCCUAG